CAUCACUCCACCCUCGCUCGUCGACCACACAUCAGAAUGAGCGCAGAGGGCAAACCGCAGGCGGCUGGUGCUGCGAGCGGAGCGAGCGGCGUGGGUGGUGGCUCUAGUGCAGCGGCCGCGACGCCAGCGAGCGCACCACCCCCCGUCGUUGCCGCGGGAGACGACGACGACUGGGACAGAGAUACGGACACACCAGCCCCCACUGCGCCGCCAAAGGCGUGGACCGCGGCCCCGCCGACGCUGCUUGCGCGGCCUGGCGCGAAUGGCACCGGCGCGCGGAGGGACGAGGAUGGCGACGAGUGGUUCGCGCCGCGGCCGGCCACGAACCGGCAGAUCUGGGACACUGCCAACGCCCGCCCCCCACCCUCCCUCGCAACCCCCGACGGCCCCGCGCCCAAGAUGCAGAUCCUCAAGCGGCCCGACGCGAACCGGAGCGCGAGCGCGUCGUCGAGCGGGGCGGCGACGCCGGCGGGCACAAAGAGCCUCACGCAGAGGGAGGAGGAGUACCGGUUGGCGCGGGAGCGCAUCUUUGGCCCCGGCGGGGGGGAUGACGCUGGCCCGUCGGCGUCGGCGUCGGCGUCGGCGAGCACGAGCGCUGCGGGUGGUGGUGCCAGUGCCGCGACCGCCGGCAGAGCGCCGGGCCCCGUGCCGUCCCAGCUCGCCGGCAGACGGAGCGGCACGUCCACCCCCCGCUCAAGCAGCUCGGCCCCAAGCGCAAGCGGCACGUCGUCGCCGCGCACCACGGCGCCAGGCGUGGACGAGCUCGCGCGCGCCGUCGACCGGCUGGCCGUGCGCGAGGCGAGCAGCCCCGCGACGCCAGGCGCCGGGUCGGGGUCGCGGUACACGCCCGUCCAGCGGCCCAGUGGCAGCACCAGCGGGCGGGGCACGCCGCGCGGUGCUGGUGGGGCGGGCGCCGGCGUCGUGCGCCAGCCUAGAGGGCCUACUCCCGGCGCGGGGUUCGCUAGCCCCGGCGCUGGCGGCGCCGCAGCGCCGCCGGUACAGGCGUACGCUGGCGCCGGCGGAGGCUACGCCUACGCGCAGCCCCCACACCUCCAGCAACAGCCCGGCGCCGCCGCCUACGCCUACGCGUACACGCAGCAGGGGCAGGGGUACGCCGCUGCCGGGUACGGAUACGGCUACACCCAGCCACAGCAGCAGCAGGGGUACGCGCCGCAACAGCAGCCCAACGCUGUCCCGUAUGGCGCUGGCGGACCAGUAGGCUAUGGCGCUGGAGGGCCGGGCUACGGCGCGCCCCAAGGUGCCCGCCCACAAGCACCGUAUGGCGGAGGAUACCACCGUUGA